AAUCAUUAUUUACAAGUACAGAGGAACAACACUAUGCAAAGAAGGAAAAGUUGAAGAUGCUGAGGAGGUAAUGAGACACAUGAAUGGAAAAGGUGUGGAGCCUAAUGUGGUCACCUACAAUGUGAUAAUUGAUGGAUAUUGCUUGCGUGGUCAAAUGGAUAGAGCAAGGAGCCUUUUUGAUUCCAUGACUGAUAAGAGCAUUAAGCCUGACAUUUUUAGCUAUAGUACGUUAAUAAAUGGAUAUUGUAAGAAAAAGAAAUUGGAUGAGGCCAUGCAUUUGUUUCAUGAAAUUUCUCGAAAUGGAUUAAAACCUAGCAUUGUUACCUACAAUACUAUUUUCGAGAAUGGACUUGUUGAAAAAGCUAUGUCUCUAUUUCAUGAGUUGGAAAAAAAGAGAGAAGAUAUUGAUAUUGAACUUUACACUGUUAUUAUUGACGGAUUGUGCAAAAAUGGUCAGCUCGACAAAGCUCAUGCUAUUUUUGAGAAGCUUUCUUUGAUUGGAUUGUUUCCUAAUGUGAUCACAUACACUACAAUAAUAAAUGGACUAUGUCUAGAAGGGUUGUUGGAUGAAGCUAAAGAUAUGCUAAGAAAAAUGGAGCACAAUGGUUGUUCGCCAAACAACUGCACUUACAAUGUUAUUGUGCAAGGAUUUCUCAAGUGUGGCAAAAUUAGUGAAAUGAACACUUUUUUGAAGGAAAUGAGUGGAAGGGACUUCUCGUUUGAUGCAAGUUCUGUAUUAUCAUUUCCUAAGUUUUUGAAUAUCAAUAACAACUUCCUGUCAGAUGAGAAGCUUCUUUCUGUGUUCCAUGAGGGAGUGCAAUGUGGUGCUGGCAUGGGCCCUGGAGUCGAUAAUAGUAAUACCAGCAAUUACAAGAGUUUCCUGCAACAACUAGCGCAACAUGAAGAACUUUGCCUGUCUGAAUAUAAAACAAUUAGGAUUGGCGAGUCUCACAUUCUUCUAAGUGUAGAAAUUGAAGGAGAAGUCUUUCAUGGGGAUGCUGCAAAGUCCAAGAAACAAGCAGAAGAAAUGCUGGCAAGGCAACUGUUUCCCUCGGACUUGGAAGAUGAAAUCUCCAAAACCAAACCUUUCAUGGAAACUAAGGAAACUAAAUCUCCAAAACAGUCCACAUCUGCUGAAAAGGUUACUGAAUCUAUUGAGAAGUCACCUUCUUCAGUGGUACCAUUGUGGAAUUUGAUAUCAUGCUGA